GGUUAUGCUGGAAAGAUGACUAAUAAUAUUGGACCCGAUGUCGUUAAAUACAAGGUUACAGAUAAUAGUGACGACCCCUUAAACCCUAAACCCGGAACCCUAAGAUAUGCGAUGACGCAUAUUAAAGGAAAGAUUUGGGUAACGUUUGAAAGAGACAUGAAAAUUAGGCUCCAAAAACCCCUUUUAGUUAGCAGCUUUACCACCAUUGAUGGCCGUGGAGUUAAUGUUAACAUUGCUGAUGGUGCUUGUCUAAUGCUCCAAAGGGUGACAAAUGUGAUUAUUCAUGGACUAAGAAUCCACCAUUGCAAGGCACAAACAGCAUCAACAGUCUUGGGACCUGAUAGAAAAAUUGUAAAUGUUGGUCCAGUUGAUGGAGAUGCAAUUAGAAUGUUGACUUCUUCCAAGAUUUGGAUUGAUCACAACACCCUUUUUGAGAGUGAAGAUGGUUUGAUUGAUGUCACUCGUGGUUCUACAGAUAUUACUAUUUCCAACAAUUGGUUUAGGACACAAGACAAGGUUAUGUUGUUAGGUCAUGAUGAUGGAUUCCUUCGAGACAAGAACAUGAAAGUUACUGUGGCAUUCAACUAUUUUGGUCCUAAUUGCAACCAGAGAAUGCCAAGGGUUCGUCAUGGAUAUGCCCAUGUAGUUAACAAUAAAUACAAGGGAUGGGGUAACUAUGCAAUAGGAGGAAGCAUGAACCCAAGCAUUAAGAGCCAGGCCAAUUAUUUCUUUGCACCAACAGAAGGAAAGAAAGAGAUUACAUGGACAAAGGAGGGUGCAGUUGGUGAAGUGAUAGGGAAUUUCCAGUCAGUUGAAGAUGUAUUUGCGAACGGAGCGUCUUUCGUUGGAUCGGGUUCUGGUCGUGAGGCUGUGAAGCCAAACUAUACGCCGGGGCAAGCUUUUCAGGUUGAAGAUGGAAAUAAAGUCAAGGACUUGACAAGAAAUGCAGGUGCUUUAAAAUGUUCUAGCUCUUCUACCUGCUGAACAUGAAUGGCUAAUUGGAGAUAAAUGAUGAUCAAUACUAUACUAUACUGGAAAAUGGACAUGCUUGCUCCAUAUAACAUCUCUUUCUAAGAAUAAUGAAGGGAAAAUUGAUGUUGCAGUUAUAGUAGUAGUAUAGCCUGAAUGUAGUAAUAAUAUGCAAGUCAUAAGCUAUGUUGCGUGGUUCUAUUUACCAAUAUGUACUUGUUACAGAGUGAUAGUUUGUAGU